GACUAGAUUCUCUAGAUUCUUUCUAGACAUACCAAAGAGAAUACAAAUCAUAGAUUAUACACUUAUGAUACAAAUAAAAUGUACUGUCGUACGCGUAGACGGGUUAUCGCUCUCGUAUUUUGUAAAAUAUUUAUCGCUGUUUUAUCGAGUUCCGUUGUAAAUUAUACUUCAGCUACACAAUAAAGGAUCAUACAUAGACAGUUUAGUUUGUACAUUAGACGAUUUUGUUCAUUUUUUUGCGAUAAAUAUGUGUGUUUAGUGAAGUGUAUAUUUUUUGUUGUUUUUGCGACGUCCCGGCGCCGGAAUGUCUGACGAGCUAGAAGCAAGGAUGUGGGAUGAAAGUGGCUCCCGAUACGAGUCUAGAAGUCGGGACACGUUCUUUGAAUCAGCUUUCGCUUCUUCGGAACAUUUGGACAGAGCACCGUUGUUAGCCGAGGAGACGUACUCCGACGUGCCGGUGACGUCGGCUACGGAACCAGAGCACUGUCACUGGCCACAAGCGGAGCCCCCCAGUGCGAUACCGCAGCUGCUGACCGCCCUCGUACUGUGCGCAUUCUUCAUGGUAUGCGAGCUGAUAGGCGGAUACUUGGCGGGGAGUCUAUCGGUGAUGAGUGACGCGGCUCACAUGCUUAGUGAUUGCGGGGGGUUCGCGUUGGCUCUGUUGGCCUUCCACUGCGCGAAACGACCUCCCGACGUGCACAUGUCAUACGGAUACAAACGCGCCGAGGUUCUCGGAGCGAUGGUGUCGGUUCUUCUGAUAUGGAUACUGACUGGCGUGUUCGUCUACGUGGCGGCGGCUCGGCUUCACUCCGGCGAGUACACCAUCGAGCCGGACAUGAUGAUGAUCGUGUCCGGUUGCGGGGUAGUCUUCAACGUGAUCCUGGCGCUGGUGCUCCACGGCUGCGCUUCCGACAUCGCCCACCACCACAGCCACGGCGGGGCGGCGUGUCCGGGGGGCGGGGGGCGCGUCCCGGGGGGUUGGGGGCGGCGACACAAGCCCGCAGCCAACGGCGCGCUCCUCAAUGGCGAAUACACCAUGAAGGACCUGUCUAGUGCCGAGGCCAACGUCGUCACCACCGGCACCCGGAACAUAAAUUUACGAGCGGCAUUGAUACACGUGAUAGGAGAUCUCAUCCAGAGUUGCGGAGUACUCCUCGCCUCUGUCCUCAUCAAGCUCUACCCGGCCGCUAAGUUCAUGGACCCGGUGUGCACGUUCGUGUUCAGCUUCCUGGUGCUGCUCACGUCCGCCAGGGUGGUCCGGGACGCGCUCGGCAUGCUCAUGCAGGGAGUGCCUAAAGGGUUCAGGUACGGCGCGUGCGUGGCGGCGCUGCGCGCUGCGCCCGGGGUUCGCGGCGUGCACUCGUGCCACGUGUGGGCGCUGUCCACGCACCACACUUUACUAUCGGCGCACGUGGUGGUCGACGACCUUGCGGACCGGGACGCCGUGCUGUCACACUGCCAGCGCGUGGCGCGGGACUUCGGCGUCGAGUCAGCCACGUUCCAAGUCGAGAGGCACUCGCCGGCGGUGGAGAGCUGCGUCGUGUGCCGCUCGCAGCCGGCGGACAGGCCCUGACACCUGCCGACCCUCACGAGGUAGACCGUCACCAGCGGGAGCUCCUCGAUGUGACGUCACAGAUAUGCUGAAAGGUAAUCAUUGUAAAAUUAUAUAGUUCGACUCUGAUGCCUCUCGACCUUCGACAGCGGAACUAUCGUCAUGACGUCAUUAAAUUCGUUAAUUUGAUACGCGGAAUACGGAGCGGGUGAGCACGUGCCCACGAUUGUGACGUCACGCACUGAAAAGUCCAAUAGUCGAAGAUAACCUGUAGGAGCUGUGAGUGUUUGCGUAUGACGUCAUAACGCUCUAUAUUUGAAAGUAACGACUAGCGCCAUCUCUUGGUGGAUUCUUGAACUAAACAGCGUGCCACUUGACAGAACAAGCUCGCCUUUUUUUUUAAAUAUGGCAACGGCUCCCUGCGGUGCCGUUGUUGCCAGUGUUAAAUUUAUAAAAACAUGCAUAAAUUAAAUAGGUAUGUACAUAUUCUAUUAAAUGAAAUAAGAUAUGAGGAGAAAUAAGAUAAAAUGAAAAUGAUCUCCGUAAAAUAGCGGUUAUUUACUGAAACUUUUUCAGGGAGAAAUAAGAUAAAAUGAAAAUGAUCUCCGUAAAAUAGCGGUUAUUUACUGAAACUUUUUCAGUGGACACUUUGGAGGAACCCGAGAAGCCACGUCCGGUGGCUUUGUGUCACUUCCCCACAUUUCGUCUUUUUGCAAAAAUAUUCGAAAUUCAGUUAAUAUGCGGAAUCAUUUACCAGUAUUUUCCUAAUAAAUACGGUCAAAAGAGCGUAGUUUAGUUUUAGUUUUUUUUUUUUUUAGUUUACCUAUGUUUUGACGACUAUUAACAAAAUUAAUACAUAAUUUUGUCUUACUUUAAAAGACAGAUAGAUAAUGUGAUUGGUACAAAAUUAAAAAUAAAUGUUGCAAAGAUGAUUAACAUUAAAAAUGUCACACGUUAAACCUUUAAAACACUCUCUUGUACAAUUAGAAAGUUUUGAGAUUAUACAGUUUUAAUGCGAGAAGACGAUUUGUGCACUCCCACAGAUGCUAAACAGUUAUAAUAUUACAUUUAAACCCGAUGAAAAACUAAAUAAAGAAAAUUAAACAAUUCGCACAAUUUUGCUUCGCGUUUUCCGCCAAAAACUCCCAAAACACCCCUCAUCAAUUUUAACUUGAGGUUUUUUUUUAAUGUCUCAAGAAUUCCGUUGACGCCGCUUGAGGCUCACGAGACGCAACUGAUGUUACUAAAGCUUUGGAAGUAAACUUUGAUGGAACUAUUCGACUGAUUUACGGUACAAGUUAAGUUGUCACUGAAAGUUUUAAAAACUUUAUAGACUUUCACAAAUCAAAAGUUUUUUUUAAACUUUAAAGAAGGAAUGUGAACAAACACCUUGUGUUAUUUUCUGAUUUAUAAGAAUACAGUAAAAGGUUUAAAAAUGUGAAAUAUUUGAAAAUAGAUUUUAGCUUUAAAAAAAUAAAGUAUUAUAAACACGUAUGUAUUUAUAAGCUUUAAUAUUAAUAGUAUCGAUGAAAUGGGAAUAGAUUUAUGACGUUUUUUUUUUUCAGUUUUAAAAAUAUUUUGGUUUUAAUAAGUUGUUUGUUUCUUCUAUAUUAUUCACUUUUAAAUCGAUCGUGUCUUUAGAUUAAAUAAACGGGAUGCGUAAACAAAAAAAAUUUUUUUUUUCUUCGUUUUAUCCCACAGAAAUGACAAAUUUUGGUUGACAUUGAAUUCUAAUGGUUUACGUGUAUGCAAUGUCAAUAUGUCAAAGCUACAAAUAACCCUCAUAUAACACGGUAUUUUACAACACGGUUCGACUAUAACACGAAAAGAAAAUAUCCCCAAAACCGUCCUAUAACGCGGUGCUUCUACAACACGAUAACGCGUUUUUAGUUUAAAAUUAUUCAGAAAAUUACAUUACGCACUAUGAACACAUAUUAAAUGAGAAUAACCGAAAGUAUAUUACUUAUUUUUUAUGUUUAUUAGAUAUAAAAAUACCAUACAAUGCGUUUCAAAUAAGAAUGUGCGCGUCAAUGGCCUUGAUCUGUCAAAGUUCGAUAAAAAACGUAUGGACAGCAACAAAAAUUACUCUACUAAUCGGACUGGCCUUUAGUCUCAUAUAACGCGGUUUCGUGUUAUACCCUUGGAGGGUUACUUGUAUUUCUAACACGUACUGUAUAUAUAUGUGGGAUGGUAUGGCGAAAUUUAGUGGAUAUUUAGUUUAACAACAAAAUCUUUUAUUCUUUAUAUUAUAUUCUUCUUUAUAAAAAUACUAUGUACUAUUCGUAACAUCGUCAUGUCAAUUUUUAUAGCUGCCAUUUAUAUUUUCUUCAUUUAAAAUAAAACAAGUGUGCCAGUGUGAAUUAACCAAAAAGUACCCGAUCUUCCCAGUUAUACAUAUAUUAAUUUUAUUUUUGUUUUCAUUACAUUUUUGUACAUAUAGAAGAAAAAAACUUAAAUAUAAUUCUGAAAUGUUUUAGUAAAUAUGUAGUUAAAUUAAAAGUUUUUUUUAUUGAUAAUAUGUUGACGAGACUUUGUGUUUUUUUUUGUAUUCAUUAAAUUAAAAAAAUAUAUGUCUACAUAAUAUUUUUAUAACAAUUAUUCGUAAUCAAAAAAAUGUACAUAAUUUGAUGGAACAUAGUGGCCAAAUAUUUUUUUCGAAUUUCAUGUACAUUCCUUUAAGUGUUGUAAAGUGCCAAAUGUUAGCAGUUUUUUUUGAACUAUUAUAAUAAAAUUAGUACAAGAGCCGACUAAAUAUUAACAUCACUCUAAAUUUGAGAAUGUCAGUAUUUUUUUUGAAUUGUCACAAUCAGCAAUGGAAAGCGAAGUUUGGUAGUCUAUUGCAUCUCGCUCAUUUUUAUGAACUGGCCCUAGCAAGAACAGUGCUUCGCAGAAUCUACCGCCGGGUCGGAAACGCGACCCACUGAGAAGAUCCGACGAGAAACUCAGUGGGCUGUGUCUAUGGGUUAAUUUACUCGUCGAGCCCUUCGUCGCAAGCGACGGGUUCGGCGAGAACGGUGACCGGUGCUUGAGAUAAGAUUAUACCAAGUUCAUAAAGUUUGCGUCCUUAAUUAUUAUUCGCACAAUGUUAUUCGUUCUAUUAUUCUUCUAUUUUUGUGCUAUUAACUUGUGGUUUUUGUCCGAGACUAUAACGAACAUAUAUAAGACUAGCGACCCGCCCUCGCUUCGCUUCGGAAACUGUAAUUUAUUAUUGAUUUCUUCACUAUUUAAUGGAUGUUAUUAUACAUUAAAAACCUUCCUCAUCAGUUAGUCUUAUCUAUUAAAAAAAAACCGCAUCAAAAUCCGUUGCGUAGUUUUAAAGAUUUAAGCAUACAUAGGGACAGAUAGAUAUAGGGACAGAGAAAGCGACUUUGUUUUAUACUAAGUGAUGUGAUGUCGGGCUCACGUGAUAAAUGAAAAAAAAACAAACAAAAAAGCUUAUGGUUAUUUAUUGGAGAAAAAAAAUUGUAAUCAAAUGUUACGUAUAGAAUGUUAAGAGAACGCUAAAAUGAACUUGAAUGUAUAUUGGAAAUUAUUUAUAAAUAUAUUGAUAUGAACGUAGGAAUAAGAUUGAAAAAAUAUUAUUAAAAAAUGGGCUCAAAAUGACUAAUUUUUAUUUAGAAUGUUUAUAUUUCACAUGUUUGUUUAAUUUUAUUUAUUUUCUCGAGUACAAAGAUAAUAUUAUAAUAGUUUAGUGAAAAAUUAAAAUGGGUGUUUUUUUUUUUCAAACAAAACUUUGUAAACCUUUUUCCGUAUAGAUGUCGCUAGGAAUUAGUUAAAUUUCAGUAUUAUAAAAACAGAAAAUUGUAGUCUAGAUAACUUAGAUAAUAAUCUAGUAGGACUAUAGUAGAUAUGACUAUAAUAAUAUAUCGACGCUUGAAAGGCAAAAGUGACUAAGCGACAAUAACUGCUUUGUACAUAAAUGAUAGGCAAUGACCAUAUUCGAUGCGCAAAAAAAAAAUACAUUUCUAGGUCUAUUAAAAUCAUUUCAAUCCUACAGCUACUAGCUAGAUUCUACUACAGCUAGAUUCGUUAAAAUAAAUUUUGUUUUCAGGUAUUUCAACUUUAAAUUAGUCUACUGUAAAGUUCACGCAUUGUCGCUUAGUCACGUUUGGCUUUCAAGCGUCAAUAUAUAACAAAUAGAUUACGCUACACCCUGUAUCAGUGGCUGUCACACAACAUAAUAAUAAUAUGACAGAAGAUAUGGUCGAUCUGUUAUUUAAAAAUAAUCUUAGUUUUCAUUGUCAUAAGUAACAAAAUCGGAAUAGAUGUUAAAUAGCUAGAAUUGACAGGCAACGUAGAAGUGAUGAAAGAUUGUAGACAUAUUACUAAUCUCAUUAAGAUGAGGCUAUUGUUACAAUUAGUCUGUGACAUAGGAAACCGGGUUAGAGAAGAAAAUGUUAAUAGAAAAUAAUAAAAUUAAAAUAAAGAGUGUAGAUAUAGUGUUAGUUAUGUCAGCGGAUCGUGGACAUCAAUAAAUAGAGGCCAAUGAAAAUAUAAAUUAAAAAAAUUAUAAGUUUUUACAUACACACACAACUUUCAGAGCUUGAAUUUUUUUUUAAAUGUUAAUUAAGUAAAUUAAUUAAAAAAGCCAAAUUAGGGUUUUCAUGUUUAUUAAGCUAUCCUUUGAAAAUAGUAUAAUAAAUGUAUAAUAAUUAUUAAGAUGUUUUUUUUUAAAUUAAAUUGACGAGUGAAAAGCUAUUUGGUUUAAGCGACAUUUUUGCAACUUUACAGGAGAGUUGAGAGCUUUUAAAGUUUAAAAUUUGGAAAAAAUGUCACAACAAAAAAAAGUUCUUUAGCUAUUUGAAUGGAGUAAACUUGAUUGAAGUUCAAUUAAAAAUAUCGAACUGUUGAUGUGAAUAACAAAUAAAACGUACCUUUAAUCUAUAUAUAUAUAUAUAUAUAAAAAUGAAUUGCUGUUCGUUAGUCUCGCUAUAACUCGAGAACGUCGGGACCGAUUUGGCUAAUUUUGGUCUUGAAUUAUUUGUGGCAGUCCAGAGAAGGUUUAAAAGGUAGAUAAAUAUAAAAUGUUCGGAAUUAAAUAAAAAUAGCAAUCUUGUUUUCCCUUUGAUGUGUCCCCCGUCGGACGGAUUCCUUUUGUUUAUUUUAAGUUUAUUUUAUACAAACUGUUUAGGUGUUUUAUUUAUCGAUUGAGGCACUACGAAGUCUGCCGGGUCAGCUAGUAACAAAUAUAAAGGUCGCUUAAACCAAAUAGCCUUUAACCCUCGAUAAUAACAUGUACUGUUGACAUCACGAGAUUGAAUUUUUAAAGAAUUUCCUUUUGUAAUCGCAUGCUCAAAUGUUGAAUUAAUUGUGAUAGUUAUAUAUUAAUGUAGAGACAUAAUAUGUUGUAUUGUGACUUGUUGUACUUAGUUGUUAGGAGUUAGGGAAAUGAUGGGACAGGGUACUCGCUGCGGGAUGUAUACUGGACUGAUAGAAAAUUUGAUAUAAUUGAUAAUCGAUACUGCGUGCUUAGUGCGAGUUUUUUAACCGACUUCAAAAAGGGAGGAGGUUCUCAAUUCGACUGUUUUUUUUUGUUACCUCAACUAUUGACUGGGUGAAUCGAUUUUGAUGAUUCUUUUUUUUUAUUAGAAAGCUAACGCUUCCCGUGUGGUCCCAUUUCAAUUUAGUCCAGUUCUGGUAAUGGUAUCCGUGAGAAAACCAUAUAAGUUUUAAAUUUGCAUUAAGUACGUGCGCGACAAAUAGAUGAAUUAGUCAAUAACUCAAUAUCACGCCAACCGAUUUCGAUGAUUAUUGUUUUUAGUGUAUAUUAAUUUGUUUUGGAAUAUCUUUUUAUUUCUAUUUGAAGUCGGUUAUUGUUAAAGCAUGUCUAUUUUUUACAAUUAUUUACGCUCUCGAUAGCGUAAAAGUUAACUCAAAUUUGUAUGGAGUUGGAACAGCGCCACUAGCGGCAAACGUAAAACAAAACUGUUAAAAACUCGCACUAAGCAUACUGAGCUACAUUUAAAAUAUCAUUAUAAUAUAUUUCUUUAAUAUUAAACUUUAAUAAACUUACUUUUUUUUAUUGCUUAGACGGGUGGACGAGCUCACGGCCCACCUGAUGUUAAGUGGUUACCAGAGCCCAUAGACAUCUAGAACGUAAAUACCGCCACCCACCUUGAGAUAUGAUUUCUAAUAUCUCAGUAUAGUUACAACGGCAACGUUACUUAGAGCAGGGGUGAGCAACCUUUUUCAUUAAUGAGCCAAUUUUAAUUUUUUUGGCAGUCCGCACAUAUAUUAACUCUUAUUAAUGAUUUACGAAAUUUUAUUCAUAAAAGAAAAUAUAAAACUUACAAAAUUAGUGAAGAUUUCAAAUUUUAAUGCAAGAUAAAAACAAACAAAAAAAUAAUAGAAAUGAGAAAGGCGAUAAAAUAAAUUCGAUUUUAGAAAUGCUUGUCUGGCCGCGUGUUGCUCACCCUUGUACUAGAAGUUAUUAAGGGCGUCUCCCAGCAACAGAUGUACUGUCAGCAGAAAAACAAUUUAAAGUUAGUCCUGAUUUUUUAUUUAUUGCCUUUGUAGGCAGACGAGCAUAUGGCCCAUCAGACGGUGAGUGGUUACUUUCACCCAUGGACUUCAGCAAUGCCAGGGGCAGGUGUCAAGCCGCUGCCUACUAAAAUGGUUAGAUAAAAUGGCGUCAAGUAUAUAUUUCACAGCGAUCGGAAUGCGUGUAGUUUGUAAAAAUAAAAAAUUAAGAUACUAUAGGGUUUAAGAGUUAAAUGGAUUUAAAUAUUUUUGUCGUUUUAUGCUUUUGUUUAAUAUUUUCAGAAAUCGUUUAUUAUUUGUUCUGUUAUUUUUUCAAUACAAUAAAUAACAGUCCAUUUGUCUAUGUCUAUGUCUAAUAGACAUGAGCUCUUAAUGUUUUUGCAUAGUUGUCCCUUCCAGUAAUAUGGUAAAGUGUAAUAUUUGAAUAAUUUGUAUAGCUCUUGCAUAUAGACUCUUUUUGCUAAAGUAUGGUGAUUAGAAGUUUGACUUGAGCAAUAUAAUGACUACAUAUUUGAAUAGAUGUUAUUUUUAUCUCAUUUUGUCCAAGCGAUGGUUCAAUAAAGAAAUAUGUAAAUAAAAAAAAAAAAAAAUAUUAUUAAAAAUAUUUAAAUGUUUGACAGUUUGAAUAAAAAUGUAAGACUACUGAUUAAUCCCAUAAUUGCAAAUAUAAUUGCGUAACAAAUGCUCUUUUUGUUGCGAGAUAAAAUUGAUGUGCUAUGGACUGUAAUGAAAUUUGAACUCUGUACCAAAAUGGAAACCAAAAACUAAUAACAUAUGACGUGUCGUGUUUAAAGAAAUGUUUUUAAUAAAUUUUCUUCCGUCCCCUGUAAUCGCAUGAAUUUUGUUGUCAUUAAUGUAAAUAAAAAGUAUUGAAUUUAUA